AUGCAAGGAAGGUUUUCUGGAAUUUGGAAGAGAAAUUCGUUUUUAGUUCUUGGAAGAAAACAAGCAAAGUCUACAGUGGCGAAGCCCGAUAGAAUUACUCUAUUACCGGGUCAUGUAAUAGACCAUAUUCUGUGUUACUUGCCAAUCAAGGAAGCAGUUAGAACAAGUGUUUUAUCCAGCAAAUGGAGGAACAAAUGGUACACACUGCCGAAUCUUGUGUUCUCUAAUGCAGCUCUCCAAGACCGUAUGGUUUUUGAGAGCAAGUUUAUUAAGAUGGUUGAUCAUGUACUCUUACUUCAUUCUGGGUCAAUCAACAUGUUCAAGCUCUCUGAUUCAGGCCAUGAUAUCUUUAGUGUGAAUGUUGCAACCGAUAUUGAUCGGUGGAUUCUUUAUUUAAUCGGAAAAUCUAUUAAAGAGCUUGUACUGGAAGUUUUGAUGGAUGAGUUCUAUAAGAUACCUUGGUGUUUAUUCUCUUGUCAAAGCUUACAUCGUUUGAAAUUAUAUUCGUGUUGGCUUAAUCCUCCAACAACCUUUGAAGGAUUCAAGAACUUGAGAAGUCUUGAUCUGGAUCAGAUUAGUAUGACUCAAGAUGCCUUUGAAAACUUGAUAUCCAGCUGCCCUCUGCUCGAACAUUUGAGAUUGGCAGAUGUUAUUGGCGUCAGCCAAGUUAAUAUUCAUGCACCAAAUCUCAAGGUUUUUGACAUCUAUGAUCAAUUUGAGGAUAUUAGAUUUGUCGACACUCUCCAAUUAACUACCGUAGCCAUUAAUUUAAGUUUGUAUUUGAACUCUGAAACCUAUCAAAAUAGAUUGCAUGGAUGUUCUAGCAAUUUGCUCAAAUUUUUUGAUGGUCUACCUCACAUACAGAGCCUAGAGAUUCAUCAAGACUUUUUAAAGUAUUUGGCUGCAGGUGUUGUGCCGGUAAACCUUCCUACACCUUGUAUCAAUCUAAGUUAUCUUUCCUUAACCAUAAAACUCAAUGACUUGACGGAAGUUUCGGCUGCUCUUUGCUUGCUCAGAAGCUCACCUAAUCUUCGAACAUUAGAAAUAUUUGCACGGAUUAAGGAGCAUACUGUCCUUUCGACACCAACAUCCUACUGUUGGGAAGAUAUCUUUUCGAGGCCAACCACGCCGAUCAAAGCACGACAUGUAACAAUGGAUGGUAUUUCAGCUACCAAACUGGAAUUAGAUUUUAUUAGAUUUCUACUUCUCUAUUUGCCUGUGCUAGAAACGAUGCAUGUGAAAGCUGGUGCGAAUGUUACACUGGAGUUGACAAAAACACUGAAUCAGUUCAAAAGAGCGUCAGGAGAAGCUAAAGUUAUUUGGGAAGAUGAUAUGAGCUCAUCAGUAGUAGAUCCAAUAUAUGAUGAGGAAAGGUCCAACAAUGAGGAGGUAGAAGUGAGCCCAAUAAUGGAAAAGAGGCAAUCCAAGAAACCAAGAUGGAUGAAGGAUUACGUGUGCAAGUAG